UCUUCGUCGCCGCCAAACUGCUCUCUCAGAUUCUUCUUCCUCGCAGAUCGUUUUUUGUUCAAGCUAAAUCUCAAAAUGGAGAACGAAGAAGGGAAGAUCACAGAGCUCUACAUUCCGAGAAAAUGCUCGGCAACAAACAGAUUGAUCACAUCAAAGGAUCAUGCUUCAGUUCAGCUUAACAUUGGUCAUCUUGAUGCUAAUGGUGUCUACACCGGCCAAUUCACUACCUUUGCUCUCUGCGGAUUUGUCCGUGCUCAGGGAGACGCAGACAGUGGCGUGGACAGGCUCUGGCAGAAGAAGAAGGUCGAAGCCAAACAACAGUGAGAGACAAUGUCAUAAGCUCUACCACCUCUUUUGAUGUUUCGUUUUAUUAGCAAUGUGGUUUCGUUAUUGAAUUGAAUAUGUUUCUUUACAUGCGAAUUCAUGUUUUGGAUUUUUCUGCUUUAUGAAAGAUUAUUAUUAGUCUUUGUGAUUCCAAUGGAAUUAGAUUUCUAUCUAAUAGUCUAUUUAUUUUAAGUUUCACAAAUUACUGUUAGAUUGUCAUCAACCACACGGCUUAAUGGUUUAAUGGUUUAGCUUAAGAAACUGUUAACAUGUAC